UGAGAAUGAAAAAGAUUCUUACAAACAUCAAAAUUGAAUUUGAUUUCCAUUACUUUCAUAUUCAGUUGAAUGGAACAAACAAAUCAAGAUGCCUUCUGCACAAUUUAGAACUCUUGAGAGGGAAAAGAGAUUCCAGAACCCUCCUAAGGAUCAUGAGGAGAUUUAUCCGCUUUUGAAAGAUGCCAUUAGACCUCAUCUUGGAUCAUUCAAUGCUUUAACUGAUGGACCUGAUGGUGGUUUAUUAAAUCUUGCUGUUAAAGAUAUUGGUACCAAGACUAUCUUUGAUACUAAUGAUAAUUCUACAUCAGACAGAUUAGGAAACAAAUUGAAAAUCAGAGUUGAUUCCGUGCAAUUAGUCAAACCAAGUGUUAAUUCUAAUGAUAAAUUAUCCAUUAAUAGAAAAAUGUUACCUUAUGAAUGUAGAGAAAGAAUGAUAACUUAUAAAUCGAGAUUAUUAUUGAAAGUAAGUUGGACUGUCAAUGAUUCUCCUGAAGAAUUCAGUGAAAUCAGAGAAGUGGGUCAAUUACCAGUCAUGGUGAAUUCUAAUAGAUGUCAUUUAGAAAAUUUAAGUCCUGAAGAAUUAAUCAAUUAUAAAGAAGAAUCAGAUGAAUUAGGUGGGUAUUUCGUUGUGAAUGGGAUUGAAAAAUUAAUUAGAAUGUUAAUUGUUCAAAGAAGAAAUCAUCCUAUGGCUUUAAUCAGACCUUCAUUUGGUAAUAGAGGUGCCUCAUAUUCUAAAUUUGGUAUUCAAAUUAGAUGUGUUAGACCAGAUCAAACUUCUCAAACUAAUGUGUUACAUUAUUUACAUGAUGGUAAUGUUACUUUCAGAUUCUCUUGGAGAAAAAAUGAAUAUUUGAUUCCAGUAGUUAUGAUUUUAAAAGCUUUAAUUGAAACUAAUGAUCGUGAAAUUUUCAAUGGUAUUGUUGGUUCAGAUAUUAAAAAUUCUUUCUUAACUGAUAGAUUGGAAUUAUUAUUAAGAACUUUUAAACAAUAUAAUUUAUAUUCUAAACAAGAAACUUUAGCUUAUUUAGGGGAUAAAUUCAGAAUUGUAUUCAAUGCUACUCCUGAUGUUUCAGAUAUUGAAGUUGGAAAAGAAGUAUUGAAGAGAAUUGUCUUAGUUCAUUUAGAUAAUAACGCUGAUAAAUUUAAAAUGUUAUUAUUCAUGAUCAGAAAAUUAUAUACUUUAGUGGCUGGUGAUUGUUCCCCUGAUAAUCCAGAUGCUACUCAACAUCAAGAAGUAUUAUUAGGUGGUUUCCUUUAUGGUAUGAUUAUUAAGGAAAAAAUUGAAGAAUAUUUACAAAAUAUAAGAUUACAAAUUCAAGCUGAUAUAAAUCGUGGUCUUGCCGUUAACUUCAAUGAUAGAAAAUAUAUGUCCAAAGUAUUUUCAAAGAUUAAUGAAAACAUUGGUCAAAAAUUACAAUAUUUCCUUUCUACUGGUAAUUUAGUAUCUCAAUCUGGGUUAGAUUUACAACAAGUUUCCGGUUAUACUGUCGUUGCUGAAAAGAUUAAUUUCCAUAGAUUUAUAAGUCAUUUCAGAAUGGUUCAUAGAGGUUCUUUCUUUGCUGAAUUGAAAACUACUACUGUUAGAAAGUUAUUACCAGAAUCUUGGGGUUUCUUAUGUCCUGUCCAUACUCCCGAUGGUUCUCCAUGUGGUUUAUUAAACCAUUUAGCUCAUAAAUGUCAAAUUUCAACCCAUGAUUCAGAUGUAUCUACUGUAGCUCAAUGUUUAGCUAAAUUAGGUGUAUCACCAGCUCAUACAUUUGCUGCUGGUCCAAAUGUUUGUUGUGUUCAAUUAGAUGGUAAAAUCGUUGGUUGGACAAGUCAUGAACAAGGUAAAGUGGUAGCUGAUACUUUAAGAUUCUGGAAAAUCGAAGGUGAACAUGGUUUACCAUUAGAUUUAGAAAUCGGUUAUGUACCUCCAUCAUCUAAAGGUCAAUAUCCUGGUUUAUAUCUUUUCGCUGGAAGAGCUAGAAUGAUGAGACCAGUUAAAUACUUGCCAUUAAAUAAAAAGGAUAUCUUAGGUCCAUUUGAACAAGUUUAUAUGAAUAUUGCUGUUACUCCAGAAGAAAUCACUAAUAAUGUUCAUAGUCAUGUUGAAGAAUCACCAACUAAUAUUUUAUCCAUCUUAGCCAAUUUAACUCCAUUUUCCGAUUUUAAUCAAUCUCCAAGAAAUAUGUAUCAAUGUCAAAUGGGUAAGCAAACCAUGGGUACUCCUGGUGUGGCUUUAGUCCAUAGAUCUGAUAAUAAAUUAUAUAGAUUACAAACUGGUCAAACUCCAAUUGUUAAAGCUAAUCUUUAUGAUGAUUAUGGUAUGGAUAAUUUCCCUAAUGGUAUGAAUGCUGUUGUGGCGGUUAUUUCAUAUACCGGUUAUGAUAUGGAUGAUGCGAUGAUUAUUAAUAAAUCGGCUGAUGAAAGAGGAUUUGGUUAUGGUACAGUUUAUAAAGUUGAAAAAGUUGAUUUAUCUCAAUCAAGAAGAAGAGGUGAUCCAAUUACUCAACAUUUUGGUUUUGGUACUGAUGCUUGGCCAGAAUCUUGGAAAGAAAAAUUAGAUGAUGAUGGAUUACCAAUCAUUGGUGUUAAAGUUGAAGAAGGUGAUCCAAUUGUGGCUUACUUUGAUGAAACUUUAGGUAAAACUAAAGUUAAGACUUAUCAUUCAUCUGAACCAGCUUACAUUGAAGAAGUUAAAUUAUUAGGUGAUGACAAUGCCGAUCAAGAAGGUCAAAAUAUCACUAUUAAAUAUAGAAUUACAAGACAACCACUUAUUGGGGAUAAAUUUUCCUCCAGACAUGGUCAAAAGGGUGUUUGUUCAAGAAAAUGGCCUCAAAUAGAUAUGCCAUUCUCCGAAACUGGUAUUCAACCGGAUGUUAUUAUUAAUCCUCAUGCUUUCCCAUCUCGUAUGACCAUUGGUAUGUUUGUGGAAUCCUUAGCUGGUAAAGCUGGUGCUUUACAUGGUAUUGCUCAAGAUUCUACUCCAUGGAAAUUCAGUGAAAACGAUACUCCAGCUGAUUUCUUUGGUGAACAAUUACUUUCAGCCGGUUAUAAUUAUCAUGGUAAUGAACCAAUGUAUUCUGGUGCUACUGGUGAAGAAUUAAGAGCUGAUAUUUAUAUUGGUUGUGUUUAUUAUCAAAGAUUAAGACAUAUGGUCAAUGAUAAGUUCCAAGUCAGAUCAACUGGUCCAGUUAAUUCAUUAACUAUGCAACCUGUUAAAGGUAGAAAGAGAUCUGGUGGUAUUCGUGUAGGUGAAAUGGAAAGAGAUGCAUUAAUUGGUCAUGGUACUUCAUUCUUAUUACAAGAUAGAUUAUUAAAUUGCUCAGAUUAUACUCAAACAUCGAUUUGUCGUCAAUGUGGUUCUAUUUUAACUACUCAGACUACAGUUCCAAGAAUCGGAUCAUUGGCAACUAUAAGAUGUCGUAGAUGUGCUCAAAAGUUGGAGUCAUAUGUUCAAAAACAUGGAUAUGCUGAUGACUCUGAUAUUUGGGAAGAUGGUCAAGGUAAGAAAUUCGUUGGUGGUGAUAAUACAUCAACUGUUGCCAUUCCAUUCGUAUUGAAAUACUUAGAUUCUGAAUUAUCAGCCAUGGGUAUUAAAAUGAAAUAUAAUGUGGCUCCAUGUUAAAAGAGAAUCUUGUAUCAAUAAAAAAACAACACUUUAAUAUAAACUUUGUACAUUAGCUAUUUGCAUCCAUUUCUUCUAUUACCCAAAAAAUUGCAUGGUCAAUUUCUUUAAAAAUAAGAAUUGACUUUAUUUUAAUUAUACAUUAUAUAAACUUAUAUAUACAUACAUACA